AUUAUGUCUAUCACGUGAUCCGUAAUUAUUUAAUGGAGCUCGCUCGAAAAUCACCAGCCCCGCUACCUCUCAUUCGCAGCUCGACCACAACAUCGUCACCUCGAAACGAACCCAAAGGCUCGACCGUGUAAUCAAUUUGCUGCCAAUCUCCCACAUCUACAAUCAUGGACCUCCUCUCCUCGAUCCGCAAAUCCGGGUCUCGAGGUGGGGUCAAUUUCAGUUGGGAUGAAGUCCAAACCUCCCAGCACCGCGAGAAUUACCUCGGGCACUCUCUCAUGGCACCUGUCGGACGAUGGCAGAAGGGCAAAGACCUGUCAUGGUAUGCGAAAGGUGACGAUACGCCUGGGGAGGAUGGAGAAACUGCUGAGCAGAAGAGCGUUAGGGAGAGGAAGGAGGAAAUUAGGAGGAUUAAGGAGGCGGAAGAAGAUGCGCUUGCGAGGGCUUUGGGUCUGCCUGUUGCGGAUAGGAACGUCAGUGGGGCGAAUGCUAUUAGUGUUGGAGAAGUGAAUAGGAUGGUUAAAGAGGUUGGGGUUGGUGAGGAGGAAGAUGGUGGGGGAGAGGGGAGAAGCAAAGGUUUUGGGGACUUCGUAGGCAAGCUGGACGGCAGGGAAGCUAUUGAUACAGCUAUUAAUGGGGAUGAGAAGGGCGGGUUGGUUAAGAAGGGUCGGGAGAAGGAGAGAGACGGCAAGAGGAAGGAUGAUGGUAGAGAGAGACGUUCGAGCAGAGAGAGGAGACAUAGGCAACACCGACAUCGAUCGAGAAGUGGGGAUCGACGAAGACAUAGGUCAAGAAGCGGUGAUAGGCAUAGUAGGCAUGGCAGAGAGGAUAGAGAUGACAAGGAAGGUCGACGACCUAGACGCAGUCGUAGUCCUGAAAGACGAGAACGCAGAUAUCGAAGCAGGAGUCCGGAUGGUAGGACGAAAGACCGUGAAGACCGAGGAAGAUACGUCGAGAGAUCUCGACGGAGUCGGUCUCCUGCAUCAAGGGAACACAGGGCACGAAGAUACUCAUAGAGUAACUGGAAAGCUAUAGGCUACCCCUAUUGUCUUGACUUUAGCGACGGCGUUUGGUGUUAUGCAUGGCAUGCUACCUUCAAAGGCACAAAACAUGCAGUCCUAUAGAUUUAUAAACACUUUCACAAG